GAAAUUUAACGGUUAUUGAUUAACUGGUCAUGGUUACUGUGUUUAGCAGUUGUAAUACAAAACUUUUAACAGAAACAAUUUUCAAAAGUGGUGCGGUGUGAUAUUUUCUUAAAAAUUGAUAAAUAUUAAACCAAAGUGAAAAUACCAGUAUUGCAAUGAUUUACUUAACGAAUGGUGUAAGCUGACAUUAUAAACAAAAUCUGUCUGAUGGAUAUUUUGUGUUUAAGUUAUAAACCGUGAAGAAAAUGAAUAAAGGAGUAGCUAGGCCUCAGGUUGCUGCUGUGUCUGCACCAUCAAGGUUUGGUUCCACACAAAAUAUGUCUGCAAAUGUAAAAGUUGUUGUGAGAGUGCGUCCUUUGAAUGAGAAAGAAUUAGAGCAUAAUAGUCAAAUCGUAGUGGAUAUUGUAGACGAUAAGAUGCUGGUAUUUGACCCUAAAGAAGAAAUACGACCUUUUUUCUAUCAUGGUAUGCAACAACAAAAUAAAACCUUCCUGAAACGAGCAAAUAAAGAGCUUAAGUUUGUUUUUGAUGACGUCUGUGGGCCGAAUGCGACUAAUAAAGAUGUUUUUGAGACUUCUACAAAAGAUAUUAUAACUUCACUCAUGGAGGGCUACAAUUGCUCGGUUUUCGUGUAUGGAGCUACUGGUGCUGGAAAAACAUUUACAAUGAUAGGAAAUAUAGAAAACCCUGGAAUAACUUAUUUGACUAUGGAGCAUCUAUUUCACACAAUUGGUUCAUUUGGAAAUGAGCGGGAAUUUGAUAUUGGUGUUUCCUAUAUUGAAGUAUAUAAUGAAAAUGUUUACGAUCUGCUGAAGCCCUCUAAUACACCAUUACAACUCAGAGAGGACUCUAAGUAUGGUGUGAUGAUUGCUGGACUUACAUUAUGUAAUAUAAAUACUGCUCGAGAACUUUUAAACUUGCUUGAGAAUGGAAACAAAAACAGAACACAGCAUCCAACUGAUUCUAAUGCUGAAAGUUCUAGAAGCCAUGCUGUAUUCCAGGUGUAUGUAAAAAUGAGAGGCAAAGCAAGCAGUCAACUUCGUAUUGUGAAGCUAUCUAUGAUAGAUCUAGCUGGGAGUGAAAGAGCAUCGGCUACCGGCUGCAUUGGAGAUAGAUUUAAAGAGGGAGCUAAUAUAAAUAAGAGUUUACUUUCUCUUGGCAAUUGUAUUAAUAAAUUAGCCGAUGGGAGCAGUUACAUACCAUAUAGAGAUUCAAAGUUGACGCGCCUUCUUAAAGACAGUCUCGGUGGUAAUUGCAAAACUGUGAUGAUAGCAAACAUAUCUCCAUCAAGUACGAGUUAUGAAGACACAUACAAUACUCUGAAGUAUGCGGCCAGAGCCAGUAAAAUACAACUCAGUAUAAAGAAGAAUAUUGUAGAUGGUGAUAUGAGAUUAUCUCAAUAUGUGAAGAUCAAUGAGGAAUUAAAGAAAAAGGUCAAAGAACUGGAGGCCAAGUUGUCUCUGUCUACUGUCAAGGUUGUUGAUAAUAAGGACAGAAUAAUGGAGGAGUGGAAGCAACGUCUGCUAAGGGAGGAAUGCUCGCUAAGUCAGGUGGAAGACAAGUUGGUGUCGCUGAUGUCCCGUCAACGCGUGCUGGCGCUGCGCCACCGUCUGCGUACGCACGCCUUCACACACGUCGCUGACCUCGCGCACAGAUCCUCGUAUGACGCUUUGCAACAGAUGUGUACAGAAGAAAUACCUCGCCAUGAGAGAGCUGCGGAGAAUUAUAUGAAACAAUCAGCUGGCCUCGAUGAUAAGAUUAAAAUUUGCUGGACGAAAUGGUGCGAGUGUCGACAGAGAAUGCACACUUUGUUUAAACAAGCAUUAUCUGAAUGUUCCUCUUUAUCGGAUUUUGUUGAAAAGUUGCAAUUACAAAGCGAAAUGAGAUUGAUUAAAGCUAGCGACGAAUUGAGGUAUAAACUACUCUGUAUAGAGAAUGAAGAAAUUAAAGCAUUCACAGAGUACAUGAGUGAUAUGCCAAGUAUGCUAAAAAAGUUGUAUUUAACAUUGAAAGGAUAUGGUCAAGCACCACCAGCACUAACAGCGGAAUAUCUAGAGAUAAUGAAAAAAGCUAAACUGGCUAAAGGUAUCACCUGGUGUGAUUCACAGGACGAAGGAGAUGAUCAGUUUAAAUUCAUAUCAACUUUAGAUUUAGAAAAACCUAUCAUAAAUCUAGACUUUGAUAUCAAAAAAGAUGGAACUAUAACCGAUUUGACGGAUAGUGAAGAUUUAACUGACAUAGAGAAUCGUAACCCGUUGCAAAACUCCGCUAUGAAACGUAAAGGAACUCCGACGAAAUUGAAUAAUGAAACAGUAUUAAUAGAUGACUCAAUCGAAUUAGACACAACCAGAACACUCGGUUCUGCGAAGAAAUUUAAACAAGAAUAUGAUAUACCAGUAUAUGACAACCCAAUAGAUCCAAAUAAUUUAAACUCUACAUUUGUAUUGCCGGCGAAAUUAGAAAGUCUGAAAAAGCAACCCAUUAAAAAUGAAGUUAAUUUAACAACAAGGUCAGCUUUUAUGAACAGGCCUGUGGUUUCUCAGAGGAUGCUUAACUUCAAUGAUAAAGUUCCAACAUUUAACAAGCCUGUAGUGGGCAAAGCGAUGCCACUCCGCCGCGUGCCGCCGGCGCUCAACUCCCGCCCCACCGCCGGCUUCGGCUCCAGUCUAUCAAGAAAUGGUACUCCUCUACAAAGAAAUAUGCAAGAUGUUCCACGAAUGAAAUUCAAUGAUCCACAAAGAUCAGUUGGGUACAAGUCGUUCCGUGCGAGGGAGAGGGUGCAAGCGCACCCCUACACCAGGCCCGCGGGCGCGCCUACAUGGAGACAUUAAUGGAUGGAUGGAUGGAUGGAUGGAUGGAUGUUACGUAUCCCAGAAACUUUCUAUGUAGAACAUAUUCUGAACUCAAACUGGUUAAGUGUUUUUAAUUUCGCGGUCGCAGUGACACUAAAAGUAUAUGGCAGAAUCAGUUUAGUUAAAUUCUAACAAAAAGCCGUACUAAUGUUACAAGUAAUAGAAGAAAGCUUACAUUGACUUUAUAUUUGUAGGUUAUUAGGGUUUGAAAUGAAAAAAAAUUGUCAUCUUAUAACUGCUUACUUAAAUAUAUUGACACCAAUACAAAACCAUUCUGGUUUUUUGACGUUGGGUAAGUAUGGUUUAUUUUUGUUUAUAUAUUAGUAUAAACAUUAGCAUAACAAUAUAUCCAUAGUAAUAAAGAAUUAUUUGAUUGAAGAGCAAGGUAAAAAAAAUAUAAUUUUCUUUAAUGAUGCCUUGAGGUACAUGAGUACACAAAACUUGCAAUUGACUUUGAAAUAAAUUAUAGAUAAAAUGAUAUGAAGCAAAGUUUUUGACGACGUAUUGAAGGUGUUACAGACUUGAAGCCCACCUAUUUAUGUAUAAAUAUAUUUCUACUUGAUAUAUUGCUACUACAAAUAUUCAAAUUAGUAUUGCUUGAUAUUGGUAGCUCCAUUUUUAUGUGAAUAAUUUUAGAUAUCGUGUUGACAUAUUAUUAAGAUUGGAUAACAAUAUAUUUAAUUAUGUACCGAGAAGUGUGAUUUUUCAUACAUUAACACUGUUCAAAUUUUGUACAUAACAUUAUUACUCAUUUAUAUUUGUGAAGUGUUAAUUUAAUUAUUAAUUAAAAUGAUUUAUAUA